AUGUCAAAGGCUCAACGCAAAGAAGACAACGACACCUCUUCUCGUAUCAACAUCAAUGAAUUCAGACGAGUGCCGAAAGAGUCCAACCCGGAGAACUGUAGAUUGCAAACUCCUCUUCCGCACCUCGACACGACCCUUGUCACCGACAGGAAGUCAUCGCGAGGUUCCCGUGUUCAAGCAAUUUCUUCGGCUGCACAUGCUUCGCGCCCCUCAAAGCUUUCAGCUAUGAUCACGCCGAUGAAUUCUGGCGUGGCUCACCAGAUUCGAAGUGCACAAGUGGUUCUGGAUCCUGCUUCUGUCAUUAAGGAGCUUCUGGAAAACGCCUUGGACGCCGACGCCACCCGUAUCGAUAUCAGGGUCCGCGGAAAAGCGGCUCUUGAUAGCAUUGCUGUGUCAGAUAACGGUAAUGGGAUACCACGCAACGAUUAUAAUUCCUUGUGUCUCAGCGCAUCCACAUCCAAGAUAAGGAACUUUGAGGAUCUAGAUUCAAUCAUGACGUUUGGUUUCCGCGGUGAGGCGUUGUCGGCGAUUUGCGCUAUUUCAAAGUCUGUCUCGUUUGUGACCAGGACAAAAGAAGACUCGGUUGCCACUUCCUUGAAAUAUGGACAGGAUGGUUAUUUGCAAGAAAAGCGUCCCGUGGCACGGCCUACAGGCACAACUGCCCUUGUCGAUGCCCUGUUUCACAAGCUUCCCGUUCGUAGGAAGGACGCCGUAAAGAAUUCCUCAAGGGAGAUAGCUCGAUGUGUAUCUGUGGUUCAGGCUUUGGCUCUAGUUUCUGUGGGUGUACGAAUUGAACUGAAGAUAUCCCAAGACAUCAAAGUUCUCACGCAUUUAAACGCAUCCGGCGCUUUGAUACCACGACCUCAACCUUCUCAUGAGAAACCCCUGAAUUUGCGCGCACUGCGCCACACUGCGUCAUGUGUUCUUGGCAACAAAACAGCUACUGCGCUCCUGGACCUUUCCUUGUCAAAAAUUGCGUCUGUCUCCCUACCAAGAUCUGGUGCUAGCCCAAAUGCGCGAGCUGAUCGGGACGACAAUACAUCCAAUCGACAUUACUGUUGUUCCGGCCUCGUCUCGAAAGCUUCACUGGAUGCCAACGGAUCUGGCGGAAGAGCGAAAUCAUCGCAUCAGUAUAUAUUCGCAAACAAAAGGCCGGUUGAUUUCCCACGCUUGACUCGGGCUGUAAACGAGCUCUAUCGACGAAUCACUGGUUUGAACGGAGCAACUCCUGUACUGAUACUAAACUUGGACCUUCCUGUAGGUAGCCAUGACGUGAAUUUGUCUCCAGACAAACGUGACUUUCUAAUCCGAGAUGUGAGCGACGUUAUAGCCGGAGUCAUUUGCCAACUUGAGGCACUGUGGUCACCGAAGAAGGCUGCUGAGAUUCCCGUACAAAAGUUAAAUUUCAGAACUGAACCCAUUAGUCUGCUUUCAAAUUCCCGCGGAAUUGCGAUGGAUAUGCUCAAUCAACCAAGGCCAUUGAAGGAAACCGAUGGAGAAGAGGAGGUAAAUGAGGUUCGUAAAGUCGACCCUUCUAGAGAGAAUGUGCAUGUCUAUCAAGGCACAGCAGAGGUUGAUAAAACUGGCAGCCAGCUUUCCCUCGACAACAAGGGCCAAAUCUUACAGUCUCCGGAGAGUACCUCUGUGCCAGCAUUGAGCAUGCCGUCCGUACCAGUGGGGCUAGAAGUUGAGUCUGACCGGCCGGACCAUGACGAACAUGCGAUUGUUGGGGUGGACUCUACCUUCGAGACUGAAAGGAACCAGUCAAGAAGCGCAUCUUCGCCUUUUUCUCUUGAUUUGUCAAAUCCAAAGAAAUCUGGGUUCCAUGCGACACUGCAUAAAGCGAGGUCGCUGACAGAUCGGAGACGGAUUUUGACAACGCUUUGCCCCUCAAAGCGAAACGUAGGUGCAUUUGUAUCCCGACAGGUAGAGAACUUCGGUACACCUGCGAAGAAGAAGAGAAUGACCUCAUCUGCUCCAUUGCCGUUGUCAAGGAAUUGCAAAAGUGCGCGAAUAUUAUCAUCCAACGUUCCUGAAAAGCGAAAUUGUCAUCCCGGGAGUGUUGAUGAAGGUACUGAAUCACCUACGAGGUGUAUUGACGAACCAGGGCCCCGCAGUCGCAGCCCUGUUCGUCAGACCCCAUCUGUUUUGAAGAUGAACUGGAAAAUUGUGUGCGAGGAGCAGGUAGCUGUUGGGAGCCCACAUGUAUUGCGCGGAGGCAGUAGUUCGGAUGAGGAAGGCGGCGAAGUACAGACCGACGCCGCGUUUAAAAAGUCGUCCGUGGCUGCCGAGAGCACAGUGGAAGGGUCGGCUAUAGAUGCAGCGGAACUAGAGAUGAGUAGACUCUUUCGGCAAGAGUGGUUCCGAAAGCUGAAGAUUCUUGGUCAGUUCAAUAGAGGCUUCAUCAUUGGUCAACUUGGUCGUGAUCUGUUCAUCAUUGAUCAGCAUGCUUCUGAUGAGAAGUACAACUUUGAAGACUUGCAGCGUUCUACAGCAAUAUCAAAGCAGAAACUUGUGCGCCCACUUGCCCUAGAAUUUUCGGCUCAGGAUGAGUUGAUUGUUCUGCAGCAUAAGGAAGCGUUCCGUGCUGGAGGGUUCGAUAUUGACUAUAGAGCGAAAAAGAACCCGACUCAACGGCUUUACCUGCGGUCACAACCAGUGAGCAAAAGCACGAUGUUCGUGCAAGAUGACUUAAAGGAGAUUGUCGCCAUGCUGAAGUCAAGUGUGCUACAAUCGUCAAGUCUAAAAGUGAAGGUACUUAGACCACCACGAGUAAGGGCUAUGUUUGCAUCAAGAGCAUGCCGCAAAUCAGUUAUGAUUGGAACUGCACUGCAGAAGUCGCAAAUGCGAAAAAUUGUCAACAACUUGACAUCUAUUGAACACCCGUGGACCUGUCCACAUGGUCGACCCACAAUGCGACAUCUCUGCACACUUCCAGAACCCCACUGA